UGCGUGUCCGCGGUCUGAGGAGGCAUGACGGAGCCGGCACUGACAACCGCAGGGGAGGGUGUUUAUUUAUCCAACUCCAGAGAACAGCAUGGCAACGGAGGAAAGCACAGCGGUGAUGAACUGGUGGAGAACUGCCGGAGUUUGGCCGUGUUUCGAUCUGCUGCUGCCAUCGGGCGGGAGUCGUUACUGAGCAGAAAGCGUCCGUUUGUGGGAAGAUGUUGCCACGUGUGUUCUCCAUUGAGCAGGGAAAAGUUCUUCAAUGCUAGUAUCCCUUCCUUGGGUCUGCGGAAUGUGAUCUAUAUCAAUGAAACUCACACCAGGUACCGAGGGUGGCUGGCACGGCGUCUCUGCUAUGUGCUAUUUGUUCAAGACCGCGAUGUACAUCGUGAUAUGUUUCCAAGGAACGUGAUUGAAAAUGUUUUAAAUAACACCAGAGUGCAGAAGGCCAUUGUGGAGACGGUGGUUCAAAGGAUGCCUGUGGAAUGCAUUGUGCAGCCCGACUCGAAAGCUUUGUGUAAAGAGAAACGAAAAGCUCGGGGAGUCCUUCAGCAAAUGGUGUCCAACAUCUCGCCAGCCAUAAUCCGGCUGACGGGUUGGGUGCUGCUUAAGCUGUUCAAUGGUUUCUUUUGGAGCAUUCAGAUACACAAAGGGCAACUGGAAAUGGUGAAGAAAGCUGCUUCCGAGAAUGCUCCACUGGUCUUUCUACCUGUACACAAAUCACACAUCGACUACCUGCUGCUCACUUUCAUUCUCUUCUGUCAUAACAUCAAAGCACCGCACAUCGCAGCUGGAAAUAACCUGAAUCUCCCCAUUUUCAGCACGCUGAUACGGAAGCUGGGUGGCUUCUUCAUCCGUCGAAAGUUGGAUGUCAGCGAAGAUGGACAGAAAGAUGUACUGUACAGAUCCGUCCUGCGUGUGUAUAUCGAGGAGCUUCUUCGUCAACACCAGUUCCUGGAGAUAUUUGUGGAAGGCACACGUUCUCGCAGUGGUAAACCCUACGCCCCCAGGACUGGCCUCCUGUCGAUUGUGGUGGACAGCCUCUAUGCAAAUGCUGUGUCUGACAUCAUGGUUAUUCCAGUGGGCAUCUCGUAUGACCGAAUCAUUGAAGGCAAUUAUAACAGCGAGCAGCUGGGGAAACCCAAAAAGAAAGAGAGCCUCUGGGGAGCCUUGCAAGGAGUCGUCCGAAUGCUUCGCAAAAACUUCGGCUGUGUCCGGGUGGAUUUUGGACAACCAUUUUCUGUGAAGGAAUACAUUGAUGUUCAGAGAAACCGUCCCUUGCCUGCUGCUCUCUCCCUGAAGGAAAUCCUUCUUCCUACUAUAAUCACCGAUGGACCAAGCUUUGAACUUCGUGAACCUGAGGUGGAUAUGAUGAUGAACUCCAUUGACUGUUCAGAUGAACAGUACAGACGCCAAGUGAUUUCCAACAUCGCCGCUCAUGCAUUGUUCACUGCCAGUAAAUGCUCGGCCGUGAUGUCCACUCACAUCGUGGCGUGUUUGCUGCUUUACCGACACAGACAGGGUGUGAACUUGUCCAAGUUGGUGGAGGAUUUCUUCUGCAUGAAGGAGGUGGUGCUGGCUCAUGACUUUGACCUGGGAUUCUCCGGGAAUUCGGAGGACGUGGUGAUGCACGCUCUGCAUUUACUGGGCGACUGCGUCAACGUCAGAAGCUCCCGCCGCAACAGCGAGUUCUUCAUCGCCCCGGCCACCACCAUCCCUGCCUUGUUCGAGCUGAAUUACUACAGCAACGGCAUCCUGCAAGUCUUCCUCGCUGAGGCCGUACUCGCUUGUUCCCUCUGCGCCGCUCUGAAACACUCGGCCACGGAUCCGGCUCACGUGGCAUCCGAAGGAACUGUCUCCCAGGAACGGCUCAUCCGCACGGCCGCCAGUCUGUCCCACCUCCUGUCCAACGACGUGACCGUGGCGUUGCCCUGUCAAGCGGUGCACCAGGCUUUACAUGAUGCUGUGGGAAAGUUCAUCCAGUAUGGGAUUCUAAUGGUGGCUGAGGAGGAUCUGAGCCCCAGUCCUACGGAGGAGACUUGGGCUAGCAAGUACCCAGAUGGUUUGUCCUGGAGAAGUGACGAAGAAGAUGACAGCGACUAUGGGGAAGAGCAACGAGACCGUUACCUAAAGGUGAGUCAGUCCCAGGAACACAAGGAGUUCAUCGUCUUCCUGCACAGGCUGUUGGGUCCUUUGUUGGAGGCUUACUUUUCAGCUGCUGUUUUCGUUCAUAGCUUCAGCGCUCCAGUUGAAGAGACGGAAUACGUGAACACAUUUCACAAGUAUCUGUUGUCAAGAACAGAAAAGAAAAUUGCGGUGUUCGGUGAGAGUGCAACCUUCUGCCUUGCAAAAAGCGCAAUGAAGACUCUUAAAGAUCUUGGGGUUUUUAAGGAAGUGCAGAGGAACAACAAAGCAGUUUUGGAACUAAGCAACACCUUUCUACCUCUGAUCAACCGUCAGAAACUGCUGGAAUACAUCCUUCAUUUCAACAUCUUGUAGAAAAAACUCGGGGAAAUCUCGCCGUGAACGGUGAUGUACCGAGGCAGAUGGCGUAAACCGUUUGAUUUGAAUUAAGUCGAUUAUUCGACCUCUAAGAAAAGAAGUGAAUAUUUUAAGUAGUACAUCCUCGUAAUAUGGAUAUUGUUUCAACACUGUUUUUACUGGCAGACUAAUGGCUCAAUAGCUUGGCUGAGUUCUCGUCUCCCCCGCCCUCCCCACCUCCCCACACCCCAAGCUGAGCUGGUACUGUGUUUAACUCAGUGGAAUCCAUCUGUGUCCGUGUCUUUGGAUUCAGGUGUUGUUGUUGGCUACAUUGGCUCAAGCUCUAUGGCCACCUGUUCAGCGAUUACCCUGAAUUCUUAUGCAGGAAACCUAGAUACUGUCAUUUGGGUUGAGCGGCUACAUAUGGCUGCCAUGUUUCGCCCACAAAUUAUAGUCAGUUCACUUUACAGUAUAU